AACCCCGCCCGCCGUGGCGAACAUGUUCAUACAUCCACCCGGGACCAUCCGCGGAAAAGGAAGAAAAUUACUGGCUGUCAGAAAAGUUUUCCUGCUGGGAAAGGAUCGGGCUCGUUCGGGCAGAGGACCGCCAGAGGAUCGCGCUCUCAGGAUUAUUAAUUGUCGCAAUAAACAUCAUGGACGCGCUAAAAUCAGCCGGACGCGCGAUCAUUCGUAGUCCCAGUCUGGCUAAGCAGUCUUGGACCUCUGGAAAACAUAAAAAGCUGCCAGAGAACUGGACAGACACGCGGGAGACGCUGCUGGAGGGAAUGGUCUUUCAGCUGAAGUAUCUGGGCAUGACGCUGGUGGAGGAACCCAAAGGAGAAGAGCUCUCAGCCGCUGCUGUCAAGAGAAUCGUUGCCACAGCUAAAGCUGGUGGGAAGAAGCUUCAGAAGGUGACGCUGAAGGUUUCUCCUCGAGGAAUUGUUCUCUAUGACAGUGUAUCAAACCAGCUAAUAGAGAAUGUGUCCAUAUACAGGAUAUCAUACUGCACAGCUGAUAAGAUGCAUGAUAAAGUGUUUGCCUACAUCGCUCAGAGUCAAUGCAAUGAAACGCUGGAGUGUCACGCGUACCUCUGCACCAAGAGGAAAGUGGCUCAGGCGGUGACGUUGACGGUGGCUCAGGCUUUCCGUGUGGCAUUUGAGAUUUGGCAGGCUGCUAAAGAAGAGAAAGAGAAGCAGGUGAAGUGUGGAUCAGAUGGAGAGGUGGCCAGCAGCUCUCAGUCUGACAGUUCGGCCAGUCUGGGCAGCACGAGAGGAGGAGAGGUGGCCACUGGGGAUCUGCUGGACUUUGAAUGUGGAGUAAAAGCUCACUCAGGACAAGACGACACACACCCAGCACAGAACCUCAGCACAGAGAACAACAACACUGUAUGGGAACUUGAGGAUGGUCUAGAUGAGGCUUUCUCGAGCCGCAGUCUGGAUAGUUUUGAGUCCAACACAGACUCGCUGAGUCUCGCACUAACCCCCAGAUGCUGGACAUUGGGGUAAAUCCUCAGGACUACAACCCUGAAGAGUGCUUGUCACCUAGCAACGGGGACAAAGGCGAUGCUGAGGUUGCAGACGGCGUGGACGCGUUCAGUUGGUGACAUGAAGAGAAUCGAGCUUGUCUGACCGUAGCUGAUACCGGCUUUGAGUUGACAUGGGGUUCGGCAAACCCUACAGAUGACUUCAACAAAAGCACAGACAAAAGCAAUACAGAAUAUAUAUAUAUAUCUUUUUUUUUUUUUUUUUUAUGACUAAGUAUAUUGACAUUUAACAUUUUCUGUUACAUCCCAUACGUUUUUUUCUUCUUUUUUUAUUUUUUUUUGUAAAUGUAUAUAUGAAUAUAAAAUAUAUGUGUAUGACAAUAACUAUAUAUGUUUUUCUCAUUUGUUAUUAUUAUCAUCAUUUUAAUUUUUUAUGGAUUUGGUUGCUGAGGCUAGCUUUCCUCUUCCUAAUUUCCCGAUGUUUGAGGUUUGUGUGGAGUUGGAUUGUGUUUUUUAAGUGGUGAUGGUUUUGUAUAGACCAGUUGUUUGCCUUCAGAUGUGUGAAAAUGGAUGGCAAACAUUACAGCAUACAAUAAUGAAAAAAAAAAUGUCUAUUUAAACGAGAAUCUUAUUUUUUCUAUUAAAAUGUAUUUUUGUAUUCCUCUCUGCGUCUCAGCGCCCAUGGUUUCAUUUCAAGUUCUUUCUGUUUAUAUAGUUCAUUCUUCACCGGGCUAUACCCAUCCAAUAAAGCACUGAGGAAGUAAGUCACAGUAUUAUAAUUACUUUAAAGAAAACUGUGGUAUUACUAUCAUGGUAGUGUCUAAAAAAAGCAAAAACAUUGUAUUACCGUGGAUGUCUAUGGUAUGUUUUUAUUGAAAUACAGAUCUAUUUUGUGUAACAUGUUUCCCUUUCCCCUAAAAUAUACUUGGAAUUAAUUUCGGGUUGAAUAAGUGCAGAAAUAUAUUAUUUAUAUGUCCGCUUAACUUUUGUUGAAACAUGAUCAUCAUAAAUAAGCAAUGAACUGAUAUCUAACACUGGAUUUGACUGAAAACAACGCGGGCAGUUCUUUU